UGUUCGCCCGUAUUAGGUUUACACCCUGUAUAUACCCGUCCUAGCGAAAUCACGAUAUGCAUUUUCGCCACUGACGGUAACGGAACUAAAUAAUAUUAAAUAUAAUUUUCCCUCGGUUUCUGAACACGGUUUUAGAGUUGGCAACCCCGGACCGCGACGCGACGCCAUCUUUUAUUUAUUCUAUCGUGGUGCGCGUCCUUCUGUGAGUUAGCUGACGGAAAUAUGGUUCAGGGUUGUUUUUGCCCAUGCCCCAUCAUCUGCCGCGAUCCUGGACAAGUUGGCGAUCAACAACAGGAUCCGGCCUGCGUGCAAUGGCCAGUGAAGUCUAUCCCAGUGCCUGUAUUAUUAUCAAGUCAUCACGCUGUCGUCGUCGGACUCGUCGGUUACAAAUGACGUGGCAGAUCUCUCUUAAGCUUAGAAAGAUGGUUGUGGCGCAGUGCUCUGCUACUUCGUGCCACAGGCCAUUCUCCAACUGCAGAUCUACGUGUCAGCGCGACAGUGCACUCACUCACCUUGUUUGGCCCGGUGGAAUUUGGUAUGUCACUUGAGGCGAGGAGGACUUGAGAAGGUGCGUCUGCGAACGGCCUUAGUGACGCCUCUUCAGCGCGACGGGUGGUCUCCUCAAAUAUGAGAAGGAGCUCGGGUCCUGCGGGCUCUUAACCGUCGUAGUAUUCACGCAGUGUUUAAAAUAGUGUUUGUGUGUAUUAUGAUAACAUUUAUGUUCAAUUCAAAUGUCUAACUCUACAUAAGUAUUCAUAUCAUUUUUCAUUAGUAUGGUGCUGUUUUUGCGGUCUGAAGAAAAAACUUUAAAUAAAAUAAUUAUGUUGUCUGUA